AUCAUACUGCUACAGACACCAGCUCAUAGCACAUACUGAGGAGACCCCUGCCAAGUGUUUUCUCUUUCAAGCAGGCCAAGUUCAGAAGAAGGCCUUUGAAUGUAAAGACUGUGGACUGAAAUUUUCCAGGGUUUCAGCGUUUCAAUCCCAUCAGCACACCCAUGUUUCCAAAGAAACAGUGCAGAAAGCUCGGCCUCUAGAACCGGAUCUGGGGCCUCCGCUUCUAGAAUCGGAGUUAGGGCCUCCGACUCUAGAAACAGAACUAGGGCCUCAGACUCUAGAAACAGAACUAGGGCCUCAGCCUCUAGAAACAGAACUAGGGCCUCAGCCUCUAGAAACAAAGCUAGGGGCUCAGACUCUAGCAACAGAACUAGGGGCUCAGACUCUAGAAACACAACGAAGAAGGCGUUUGAAUGUAAAGACUGUGGACUGAAAUUUUCCAGGGUUUCAGCGUUUCAAUCCCAUCAGCACACCCAUGUUUCCAAAGAAACAGUGCAGAAAGCUCGGCCUCUAGAACCGGAUCUGGGG